AUGACCAUUUGGAAAAUUUUGAGAGAAAAAAACCAAGAUGAAGGAAUGGAGUUUAAAGCUCUCCAACUUAGAGCCGAUGAAAGGGCAAAAGAAAGAGAGCAUGAAAUUGAGGUGCUUAAAUUACAGAUUAAGUUGAAUCAGGGAAAGAAUGGUAGUUAUAAUAAUUCAAGUGUUGAUGAAACAAGGUUUAAUAUGUUCGCUGCGUUAAAACUGGUACCACACUUUUCCGAGGAGGAGGUUAAUGAGUUUUUUGUGUCAUUUGAGAAAAUUGCUAAGAAGCUUGCUUGGCCAAAGGAUAUGUGGACAACAUUAGUUCAGUGUCGUUUGGUGGGCAAAGCUCAAAGGGUUUAUAAUAAUCUUAAUGACGAUCUCUCCGCGGAUUACGACACCGUUAAAAGUAUUGUGCUGAAAGCUUAUGAUUUGGUGCCUGAAGCAUACAGGCAGAAGUUUCGUAAUCUGCGGAAGGAUCUUGACGUCACCUAUGUUGAGUUUGCUAGAAAGAAAGUUCAGUUUCUCGAUGACUGGCUGAAAUCAAAAGAAGUAGACAAUUUUGUUAAACUGAAAGAGCUCCUUCUGGCAGAGGAAUUUAAGAGGAACGUGAGUCGUGACUUGCGAAUUCAUUUGGAGGAGUUGAAGCUCGACUCCAUUCAGGAAAUAGCAGUUGCUUCCGACGAGUAUGCACUUACCCAUCGGGAGGAACCCCUUAGGAAAAGGAUUAAUCAGGAUAGGUUCUCCCCCCAUGAAUAUAAUACACGUAGUAAUAAUCGUCAGUCUUCUAGAGGAACAUUAAGGUCAAAUAAUGACGAGUCAGAAAAAGUAUCUAAUCAAGACAGAAGCGUAAGCGGCUCGCGUAGUUUCGUAAACAGUCGUAGAUCGGUUAAUGGUGGUGGUAGUAGUGGUAGAAAUUUUGGUACUAGUAGUAGUAGUAGUGUGAAGUGUUAUUGGUGCCACAAGACGGGGCACGUUAAGGCUAAUUGUUACGGUUGGAAAAACUUUCAGGAGAGGAGGUCUAAUCCAGUAAACAUUGUUGUAGCUGAAAAAACAGAAAACUUAAAGCAAAGUAUGGAACAGGAAAAGUGA